UCCUGAGCUGAACGAAGUACACCGCUUUCAAGCUCUGCGUCUCGUAAUAUUUCACUACAAAGCACUGUUGCACACCAUGACCGAGAGAGUUUAUAAAAUUGCUGUUCUUGGGAACGAAGGAGUCGGCAAAACAGCACUGUUGGUACGUUUCCUGUGUCAUCGAUUUAUUGGGGAAUAUGAUCCUACAAUUGAGGAUUGUUAUCAGCGUAAAAUAACAGUGGAUGGUGAGGAAGUCACCAUUGAUGUGCUAGACACAGCUUACAGGAACACGCCAUCGAAGCUUGUGGAGAAUUUUCUCCACGUGGGAGAUGGUUUCAUCAUUGUCUACUCCAUGACAGACAGGAAGAGUUACAUCACAAUCCCGCGGUACAAAGAAAUGAUUGAAGAAUCACGUGACUGUACUAUUCAGGGCCCACCUUCGAUAGUACUCAUCGGGAACAAAACUGACCUGGAAGAACAUCGCACAGUCGCGAAGCGGGAAGGACAGACAUUGGCCAAAAGAUACGGGUGGUUAUUCGGCGAAGCUUCAGCUGCAGAAUAUGAUGGCGUGGAUGUCUGUUUUUACGAUGUAAUCCGUGAAAUGCGAGCGCGCAGGUGUAAGAUGAAUCCUUCUGCGCUUCUCCUGCAUCUGAACGAUCUACGUCAGUCCAGUUGCAGUGAUACGGACAGUCAAACAGACGAAAGUCCGUCGGAAAGCAAGAAAAAACGUUUUGUCAAAAAGAAAUUGAGCGAUUCUAGUCGUCAAUACAAAAGGAAAUUGUUUGGUUCGUGGCAUCAUGUGCAUUCAAAGUGAAAGAGAACUUAAGUUUGGUUAAGAUACUUGUAAAGGAAAUCCAAGGCUCUCUGAUUCGUAAUAAACAAUUGGAGAGUUUGAAAGUGAAGA